CACAAACAGACUAAGAUGGGAAUAUAAUUCUAAUGUACUGAUUCAGGAAGAAUUUUUUCACAUUACCUAAAACAUUUUCUUCUCAGUUUAGGAGAUUUAGGCACAAAUGAACUGGCUUCCCCAAACCACAUGGUGGUUAGUAAUAGUUUUAAAAGUUUUUACUUCCAGUAAAUUGUAUAAUUCCUCGUGAUCAUAAUGUACCAAAUGUGCUAUAAAAUGUCGAAUCAAGUUCAGAUACUAUAAGAAAGACCACUACUCUGUUCUUGGAGAAAGGAAGGGGCUAGGUCCUAUAAUCUCUUCUCUUUUCACAAAGGCACAGAGAGGUUAAACUAAGUGACUCCCUAAAGGAUGGGUAAGAAACAGGGAUGUGUGUCCUUCCAAGUUAUUAUUAUUCUGCAGACUCUGAAGGAACCACAGUGCUACACCGUGCUAUUGUAAGUUCUUGCGUUCUUUACAGUGAAGUUACAUGAGAAAUGCAAACAGGUAAACAAAAAAGACCCGAGAAAGGCCAACUUUUUGACAACUGUUUAGACAGAGACUGCCUAAACAGAAAACACAUGCUAUUUCCCCUCAGCCUGACUGAUUUGGCAUUCAGAGUACAAGCUCACAGGAGAGGGGCUGGGCCUGUCCAGUCAGGAAUUGCAGUCAGAGACUUCCCCUGCUCCUCUCUGGGAAAGAACAUUAGGAAUGCCUUUUAGUGCCUUGCUUCCUGAACUAGCUCACAGUAGCCCGGCGGCCCAGGGCAAUCCGACCACAUUUCACUCUCACCGCUGUAGGAAUCCAGAUGCAGGCCAAGUACAGCAGCACGAGGGACAUGCUGGAUGAUGAUGGGGACACCACCAUGAGCCUGCAUUCUCAAGCCUCUGCCACAACUCGGCGUCCAGAGCCCCGGCGCACAGUUUUUCAGUACUACCAGCUCUCCAAUACUGGUCAAGACACCAUUUCUCAAAUGGAAGAAAGAUUAGGAAAUACGUCCCAAGAGUUGCAAUCUCUUCAAGUCCAGAAUAUAAAGCUUGCAGGAAGUCUGCAGCAUGUGGCUGAAAAACUCUGUCGUGAGCUGUAUAACAAAGCUGGAGCACACAGGUGCAGCCCUUGUACAGAACAAUGGAAAUGGCAUGGAGAUAAUUGCUACCAGUUCUAUAAAGACAGCAAAAGUUGGGAGGACUGUAAAUAUUUCUGCCUUAGUGAAAACUCUACCAUGCUGAAGAUAAACAAACAAGAAGACCUGGAAUUUGCCGCGUCUCAGAGCUACUCUGAGUUUUUCUACUCUUAUUGGACAGGGCUUUUGCGCCCUGACAGUGGCAAGGCCUGGCUGUGGAUGGAUGGAACCCCUUUCACUUCUGAACUGUUCCAUAUUAUAAUAGAUGUCACCAGCCCAAGAAGCAGAGACUGUGUGGCCAUCCUUAAUGGGAUGAUCUUCUCAAAGGACUGCAAAGAAUUGAAGCGUUGUGUCUGUGAGAGGAGGGCAGGAAUGGUGAAGCCAGAGAGCUUCCAUGUCCCCCCUGAAACAUUAGGCGAAGGUGACUGAUUCGCCCUCUGCAACUACAAAUAGCAGAGUGAGCCAGGCGAUGCCAAAGCAAGGGCUACUUGAGACAUUGGGAAAUGGAACAUAAUCAGGAAAGACUAUCUCUCUGACUAGUACAAAAUGGGUUCUCGUGUUUCCUGUUCAGGAUCACCAGCAUUUCUGAGCUUGGGUUUAUGCACAUAUUUAACAGUCACAAGAAGUCUUAUUUACAUGCCACCAACCAACCUCAGAAACCCAUAAUGUCAUCUGCCUUCUUGGCUUAGAGAUAACUUUUAGCUUUCUUUCUUCUCAAUGGCUAAUAUCACCUCCCUGUUUUCAUGUCUUCCUUACACUUGGUGGAAUGAGAAACUUUUUGAAGUAGAGGAAAUACAUUGAAGUAACAUCCUUUUCUCUGACAGUCAAGUAGUCCAUCAGAAAUUGGCAGUCACUUCCCAGAUUGUACCAGCAAAUACACAAGGAAUUCUUUUUGUUUGUUUCAGUUCAUACUAGUCCCUUCCCAAUCCAUCAGUAAAGACCCCAUCUGCCUUGUCCAUGCCGUUUCCCAACAGGGAUGUCACUUGAUAUGAGAAUCUCAAAUCUCAAUGCCUUAUAAACAUUCCUUCCUGUGUCCAUUAAGACUCUGAUAAUUGUCUCCCCUCCAUAGGAAUUUCUCCCAGGAAAGAAAUAUGUCCCCAUCUCCGUUUCAUAUCAGAACUACCGUCCCCGAUAUUCCCUUCAGAGAGAUUAAAGACCAGAAAAAAGUGAGCCUCUUCAUCUGCACCUGUAAUAGUUUCAGUUCCUAUUCUCUUCCAUUGACCCAUAUUUAUACCUUUCAGGUACUGAAGAUUUAAUAAUAAUAAAUGUAAAUACUGUGAAGUGUGUGUGAUUUUACAAUGGACUUAUGGUUAGUGGGAAAAUUCAGCAUGGAAAUGCUUUUCAAAAUUUGAUAGCAGUCAUUAUUUUGAUUGUGCCUUACUGAAAGUUUUGGGGGAAUUUACAAGAGUACUGAUUACAUGAUUAUCUGGAGAAAAUAAGAUGUCUUUGAAAUACAUGUUGGCUUCAAGAGAACAGUUUUAACGUUUUCCUAAAAUGAAAUCUUUUGAGGCGAGCUUAUGGCAUCAACACAUGGUUGAUGAGGAAGCUGAGUUGCAUUAGUGCACAUGAUUUCCAGUCAGGUCAUGGGAGAUGAACAGAGACAGUGACAUCUUUGUAGCUGCUCCUUUGUGAGGCACUUCUUUCUUGAGAUGACUCCAUGCACAAAUAUAACAGGGAUCAUUGGGAAUGACACCAUCACAGCCACCAAGUUUAUUGGUUUACUGAUAAAUCAAUUUUGAGGGUUUUAUGCUAGAAAAGAUAACAUUAUAAAUCUUUGUUUUCCAACAGUGGAAACUGAGGUGCUUCAGUUUUGUUUUUCAUAAACAUCUAUCUCAUGGUAAAAUGACGUAUAGUAGCAAUCAUAUGAUAGAAAGAACACAUUGGUGCUCAUUUUCAUAAACUUCAUUUUGUUAGAUUGUCACUUAGCAAAGACUAUUGCAGAUUCUUCCUUGAGAACUUUCCUUUCAAUUUUCUGUUGAUUUCCUUAAAAUUUUCUUCAGGGUCGAGCAAGUUCUGUUGAUAUAUUGUGUCAUGCAAAGAAAACUGUAUUUGUGGUUAGAAAAUGAAGAUUUUAGACCUCUUAUUCUGAUUUACUUAUUAGGUAAGUCACUUUACUUCAUGAAACCUAUUUCACUGCAUAUGAAGUAGAAAUAAUUAUAAUUUCCUCAUAAUGUUACUGUUAGCUGAAAUGAAGUAAAUGUGAAAUCAGUUUCAUAAUGUGAACUGCAAUAAAAAACGUAAGGGAAGUCAAGAAAAUA